AUGGAGUCGUCGAUGGUUUCCAACACAAUUCUGGAAGAAUUAGGCGACAAACCAUUAGUAGACUUACUGCGAGGGUUAGGCGGAUGGCCGGUCGUCGAGGGUGAUAACUGGGUGAACACCACCUGGCUAGACCUAUACCUCAAGCUCCGGGAUGAGGGUGCCGUGUCCAGCAUGUUUUUCUCGCUGUCCAUAUCGCCGGACUUUAUGAACAAUUCCGUACGGAUACUAUCCAUAGAUCACCCGUCGUUUGGUUUGGGCAGUCGUGAUAUGCUUCUGAAGGGGGCCAACGAUACGGCGGUGAAGGCCUACAAAAAUCUCAUGACAAAAGCUAUGCUAAAAUUAGGCGCUCCCGACGCCUCCGUUAGCGGUAUUGUCGACCAAUUUCUAGAUUUCGAGACACUAUUAGCCAACCAAUCGAUGGCUAAGGAGAACCGGCGUAAUCUGACCGCCAUUUACAAUAAGGUCACUAUCGGCCAGUUAUCCGAAUUGGCACCCAAUAUUGACUGGCUGAGAAUCGUGCAAAAGUAUGUGUCCGAAAAUAUCACCGCCAAUGAGACCAUCAUACUGUUCGACACCGAUUACAUCAAGUUCUUGGACACCAAGAUUGUGGAACUGGAUGACAGAUUCCUAGUGAACUACAUCCUAUGGCGCGUGGUUCAGACCGAACUGUCCACUCUAUCGGACUCGUGGUAUAAGCUGAAGGAGGAGUUCGAGUCCGCCAUCUAUGGCACCAAAUCCCGGAGCCCGCGGUGGGAGAUGUGCCUGAAAAACACGAAAACCGCGAUGAGUAUAGCCCUGUCACACCUGUACGUAAAAAACUUUUUCAGCGAUGAUAAUAAGGAAAAGGCGUCCGAAAUGUUCUCAAACGUGGUGAAGGAGUUUAAGCGCAGUCUGACGGUCAACACGUGGAUGGCCAACGAGACACGGGUACAGGCGCUCCAGAAGUUGGAUAACAUA